CUCACAACAACAUAACAACGUCGCCGAUAAUCAUCAACAUUAUGAGCUUCGUUGUGAUGUCUCUCUGUUUAUCUGCCUCAUCACCUGCUUAUUUCACAUCUCUCAUCAAGUGUUUUAAUAUCUGACAAGAUUUAUUGCGUUCUGUCUGUUUGAGAGGUUCAUAAUUUGAGAUAUUGGGGUAAGAAUAAACGGAGCAUCAUUUGUCAUCGAGAACGUUAUUAAUCCAGCUAAUAAAACGAGAAUUAGAGCUGUCAUUGUCUUCUAGACGGAUUACUGUAUUUUUCUGACCUUACAGUUCUGUCAUUGUUAAUCAUCUAAAUUGACAAAAGCAUCAGCUGUGACAUGGGGGAUGUUUAGAGAUGGAGAACCAGAAGAGUUCUGGUGAGGAGGACAGUUCUGGGAAGAGAGGUCUGCUCCAUACGUGGAGAGGAUAUUCCUACAGCACCACACCAGAGAGGGUGCUGCUUACCCGGCCGGUGCUCCAGGCUGCUCUCGGGGCCAGACAUGGUGUUCUGCUUGUUGAGGGGGGACAAGUCUACAGCUUUGGUGAGCUGCCAUGGAAACAAAACCAAGCAUCAUCAUUGGCGACUGAGCCCGUUCUGGAGGCAGUGCUUAGUGAACAGCGUGUUGUUUUUGUGGCAGCUGGCUUUGCCCACAAUGGAGUUGUAACAGAGGAUGGAGGUGUGCACAUGUGGGGAGAAAACACUCAUGGCCAAUGUGGCCUAUCAGGACUCUGUAUUAUCCCUAACCCCACCCCCGUGGGAGUGGUUGACUCUGAGACCUCGCCCUCUCAGACAGUUAAGAUCUUGAUGGUGGCAUGCGGGGAUAAGCACACACUUGCUCUUUCAGCCAAGCACGAAGUCUGGGCUUGGGGCAGCGGAUGCCAGUUGGGCCUGAACACGUCAAAUUUUCCUGUCUGGAAGCCCCAGAAGGUUGAGCAACUGGCUGGAAGGCAUGUGUUGCAGGUGGCUUGCGGAGCUUCUCACAGCUUGGCUUUGGUACGCUGUCUUCCCCCUCCACAAGAACCUUGCAAACGCCUUCCAGACAAGUGUGGUCAGUGCCAUCAGCUGCUCUACACCAUGACGGACAAGGAGGACCAUGUUAUUAUCUCUGAUGGCCAUCACUGUCCACUAGGGGUUGAGCUGGAGAACACUGAGACCAAAUUUGGCUUAGAGGGCAGGCUAGGUCAGGGGUCACUGGGUAAGCAAGGCAGGAACUCUCCCUUGGAACCCAGCGAGAUACCAAAAUCACCUACUUCCAGCUCCAACCCUGCAUCUACACCACCCUCUUCAAGCACACCUGCUUCUGAACCUCAAAAUCAGGUAGCUGUGUCUAGCCAAGAAACUGUAGAACCAGCCAUAAAAGACUCAAAUGAGCCUGCCAUCAAUGGAGAAGCUUGUGUUGAAGCCUCGGAGACUGGCAUCCCUGAGCCGGACAGUUGUAAGGCCUCAAGUGGGUGUGGGUUAGGAACAGGGGUGAAGGCAUCCCCAUAUCCCGAUGAACAUGCGGUAAAGGCCUACCUGAAGAGACUCUGUGAUCACUCACUGUCAGAGCACACGGGCAAGACCUCUAGUACACUUCACUCUGCUCAGAUCUCUGGUGACCCGGCUGAUCCUUUCACAUGUAACUCUUUGAUCCCGGUUGCCCAGUCCGUGACUCCAAUGGGGACAGCACUAAAUAACUUGAUGGUGUCAUGUGCCUCUGCAGUUGGGGAGCGUGUUGCAUCCACAUGUGAAGCGCUCUCUCUUAGAAAAGUGAUUGGUUACUGGGUUCCAGCAGAGGCGCAUGAACGAGUCGAGGAGAGACUGCGUCAAGAGGAGCCAAAGCAGGGGAAGAAAAGCUCCAGUCUGGGGGACAUCCGAGAGGAGGAGGCGGAGCUUAGCCGUCGCCUCUCUCUGCCAGGCCUGCUCUCUCAGGUGUCUCCUCGUCUUUUGCGACGGACGAGCCGUCCCCGCAUGCGGGCUGUUCCACUUGCUUCAGGAGGUGUACCUGUGGCCGACACCCACCUGCCUUCCCUGCAGACAGAAGUGUGGAGCUGGGGGCAAGGCCAGGAAGGGCAACUUGGACAUGGAGACCUUCUUCCCAGAGGGCAGCCCGUCUGUAUUAACAGUAUGAAUGGUAAAGAGGUGCUGAGAGUGGCUGCAGGUGCUCAUCAUUCUCUUGCCCUCACCGCACAAUCACAGGUGUUCUCCUGGGGCUGUAACACUUCUGGACAGCUGGGACACAUGGAAUCACCCACCUCCAUCCCCAAUUUAACCAAGCUGUCAGAGGGGAUUCGUGUGUGGGAUAUAGGGGCGGGGCAACAGCACACUCUCCUAUUGGCUGACGGAGAUUGCAUGCAGCCAAUCCUGUACUACAGUGGGCAGCAGGUGAAAGAGGAGGUGGAGCAGAUGGGAGAGGAGCAAACAGGGGAGUAUACACAGCAACCUGUGCUGCUCCCCUUUUGUAUGAAUCUGGGCUAUUUGAGCAGUGUGUGUGCGGGUGGACAGACUUGCGCCACGUUGGCGGACUGUAAUGUAAUGGAUUUUAUUGCCAGUCUACAUGAGCUUGCGGCUGCAGAGAGAAAAUACUACUGCAAACUCAGCCAUAUCAAGAGUCUCCUGCUCCAACCAUUGCUUAAACUGGACUCUUUAAGCUCCACCCUCGGCCAGUCCUCUGCAGGGCUGCUGCAGAAUCUGAUUGGACGAUUAGGUCGACUGUCUCAGCUAACAGGUCAAAACUCUGCCUCUCUGAGCUCUAUCCUGCGGCGCUCGCGCGAUAUCAGAGGUCUUGUUCUUCUUGACGACGCACAUCUGUUCCUGGCCACAUAUUCAGAGUACUGUACUGCAUUUGGUGAUCUUUUAGUCAUGGGAGGAUUUCAGGCCCUUGUCAAACCUUGCCACGAUGUGUUUGGGAAAGGGGCGGAGGUUGUUCAGAGGUUGUCGGAAUGCUCUGAAGAGGGUUUGCCCUUAGCUGACAAUCUGGCUCAUCUCUUUAACCUGCCCUUAAAACACUUGCAUGAAUAUGGAAGACUGCUGCUCAAACUGGCUACAUGCUAUGAAAUGAACUCAGUGGAUUAUCAGAGGCUGCAAGAUGCCUGCUCCAAAUAUGAGUCAAUGGCUCUUCAUCUGAAGAGGAGGAGGAAGGAAGCAGAGUUCACACUCAACUUCUGGAAGACCUUUCCUGGAAAGAUGACCGACUCUCUGCGGAAGCCGUCUCGUCGGCUGAUCUGUGAGAGCAGUAAUAAAGAUUUGACUCUUCAGAACUCAGGACGUUUUUCUGUCAAUUGGUUCAUCCUCUUUAACGAUGCACUCGUUCAUGCACAGUUUUCCACUCAUCACGUCUUCCCAUUGGCUACGCUCUGGGUGGAGCCUGUUUCUGAGGAGAACACUGGCCUGUAUGGUUUAAAGCUGACAUCACCAGAAGAGAGCUUCAAUCUGCUGGCCUCUUCACCUGCUGAAAAGGCAAAAUGGCUUCGUUCUAUAAAUCAGGCGGUGGAGCAGGCGCUUAGUGGACUGGGGCAUGAUGGGAUACCUCCUUCCACAGGGGUGAUGCAGAGAGCAGACCCGCCUAUUUCACGCACGGCAUCGUACACAUUCUACAAAGACAGUCGGCUCAAGGAGGCCACGUACGAGGGACGAUGGGUCUCGGGGAAACCUCACGGCCGGGGCGUGGUCAAAUGGCCGGAUGGAAGAGUGUACACAGGGACAUUCAAGAACGGCCUUGAAGACGGUUUUGGAGAGUAUGUGGUACCAAACAAAAACCUGAACAGCUGUGACCAUUACCAAGGGCAAUGGAAAGAUGGCAAAAUGCAAGGCUUUGGAAUCUUCUGCUACGCCUCUGGUGAAGUGUACGAGGGCUCAUUUCAAGAUAACAUGCGGCAUGGUCAUGGGAUAUUGCGUAGUGGGAAACUGAACUCCACCUCUCCGAGUGUCUUUAUUGGCCGAUGGCAAUACGACAAGAAAUCUGGCUAUGGCGUUUUUGAUGAUAUCAUCAGAGGGGAGAAGUACAUGGGCAUGUGGAUGGAUGAUCAACGUCAGGGGAAUGGAGUUGUUGUCACACAGUUUGGACUUUACUAUGAAGGUGCUUUCAGUAACAACAAGAUGAUGGGCUUUGGUGUGUUACUCUCUGAAGAUGACACCACAUUUGAAGGGGAGUUUUCAGAGGACUGGACUCUAAGUGGAAAGGGUGUGUUGACAAUGCCUAAUGGAGACUACAUCGAAGGUUCUUUCAGUGGGGUUUGGGGAACCGGACUUAAGAUCUCCGGUUCCUACUACAAACCAAGCAUCUACGACUCAGACAAGGAUAAGGCUAAUGCACUUAAGCUGGGUAGGUUAGCGGUCCACUCUGAGGAGAAGUGGAAGGCUGUGUUUGAUGAGUGCUGGUACAGUCUGGGCUGCGAUUCUCCUGAACUUGGACAAACCAGUAUAGCAUGGGACAAUAUUGCCAUAGCACUCACUGCUAACAGGAGACAACAGAGAGACAGUCCAGAGUUACUAAGUCGCUCUCAUCAUAAAACACUGGAGAGUCUUGAGUUUAUACCGCAGUAUAUGGGUCCUGUUACGUUAGAGGUGUAUCGUACAAUCCACCAGUACCUUGUCAAGGCAUGCGACACCCCGCUGCAUCCUCUGGGUCGGCUGGUGGAGACGUUGGUUUCGGUGUACCGUAUGACAUACGUUGGUGUUGGAGCCAAUCGUAGAUUACUGCCCCAGGCUGUCAACGAGAUCAAGUCCUAUAUCUGUCGCAUCUUCCAGCUUGUCAGGUUCCUCUUUCCUGAUAUGCCAGAGGAAGGAGGAUCACUGGCCGAGCCUCACAAAGAAAAGAGUAACUCAAACCCCAUUGGGAAGCAUCUGGAAUCUCCUAAACCUGGGUGUGUGGUCAGUAGCUCUGCUCUGCUCCUUCUGGUGCUGUUGCCGCGUCUUUAUCCUCCUCUCUUCACUCUCUACGCUCUAGAAAAAGAGAAGGAGGAUGAUGUGUACUGGGAGUGCGUGUUACGACUCAACAAACAACCAGACCUCGCACUGCUCGCCUUUCUUGGGGUGCAACAGAAAUUCUGGCCCGUGACUGUGACUGUACAUGGAGAAAAACAACAAGUAAUUUCAAGCACUAAGGAUGCCUGUUUUGCCUCUGCGGUUGAGACAUUACAACAAAUCAGCACAACUUUCACGCCUUCAGAUAAGCUCCAGGUCAUCCAGCUGACCUUUGAAGAGAUAACCCAGGAAGUACUAGCACUCUUGAACCAGGAUUUCUUGUGGUCUAUGGAUGACCUGUUUCCUGUCUUCCUCUUUGUUGUUUUGCGUGCACGUAUAAGGAAUCUGGGGUCAGAGGUAAGCCUGAUUGAAGACCUUAUGGAUCCGUGUGUACAACAUGGAGAGCAUGGAAUCAUGUUCACCACGCUCAAGGCAUGCUACUAUCAAAUCCAGCAUGAGAAGGUCACGUAAUGAACAAUCUCUUCAAAUAUAUAUGUUGGCGAACUGGAAUGACUGGCAAACAGACCAGCCAAUCAAAGUGUUCCAUCUUAGGAGGAAUGACGCUGUGACCUAUUGUGUGAUGAGCCAAUCAUGUUCUGUGCCUGGUCCGCAUGGCCCAAUGGUUGAUCCCAUUGGCUGAGCUCCUAUAGUCACACUAAACCGUCAGGUGUGUGUGCAAGUCAGUCUUUGGUUUGGGCAAGAAUUUGAUAUUUUUACACCUAUUCUGCAUCUUGAAUGAUUCAUUUAUUUUUAAAAUGUGUGCGUCUUCCUCACUCAGGCUUGAGGCUUUUUAACUGCUACCAUUACAUCACUUCCAAGAUGACGUAACAAAAUAAUUUACAUAUGGUUCGAUUCUGUGGUUUAUCUCAGUGUGUAACUGGCUCAAGUGUUGAAGGGUCAAUUCGACAGAAUGAAGGAAGCUUAACAGAGUGAUGACACUUUAAACAGAUGUCAGCCGGUAUCGACUUUGUGUCUGUAUGAAGUUAUAGUGGUUACCAUCUACCUCUGUCCUCGAAGUAAACUACUUGUUAACCAUAAUGGUUCCUGAUAGUAUUAGAUCAUUCAAUGCAAUUGGCACACUGCCUUGGACCUCAUUCAUUCAUCAUUCAUAAAAAUGCAACAAGAUAUGCGUCUAAUUAAUGAAUGACCAUGAAUAAAUGCAAGACAUGGACUGUUGUACCACAAACAGAUUUGUGUUCAAAUAUCUGCCUGAUUUCUGAUCUAUUUGGAAUACAGUUGGUUGGCUGUUUUAACUUUUUCCAUCCACAGGGUUGGUGACCAGCUUUAUUCCAUAUAUAUCUUUGUUUACAGGCUUCUUAGUUCCAUUGAACAUAGUAUUUUAACAGUUUACACCAUGGUGUGUUUAAUUUGUAGAUCAACACCAAGGUGUUCCUCCUUUCUAGGGAAUAUAGUAUUUGUGUGUUCAGAUGGAUUUUUCCAUUUGCAUUCAACUUUCAAGCUUUCAUUCCAUAGAACAUUUGGAAUUGUUUCAAACCGUGGGUGUUAAACAUGAGGGUAGAGUUUAUUAGGGUUCAAGGGCUCACAUGUUUUUUUUAAGUUAAUGUACAGAAUCUGUGAAAGCAGGACAAAAGGUUUGAGGUCGUCUAUGAGCCACAACACUCAAGAUUUGCAUGCUGAACUAAUUUGGUGUUUAGAUUUGCUUUCUACAAAUCUCAGUGUUCAUGUAAAGAGCCACUAUUGCAGAAAGCUUAUCAUAAAGCACAAGCACUGUAAUAUUUAUUGCUGAAAUUAGUCAUUCGUUAUUUCUUAACUUAAAGAUGUAAUCAUCCAAAAUUAAAAUGUUGUCAUAAUUUACUCACUCUCAUAUCGUUCCAAACCCAUAUGACUUUCUUAUGUGGAACAUAAAAGGAGAAAAUGUAAUCCAAAGUUUAUCCAACAAAAUGACGGUGUAUAGUUCCUCACUUUAAAGCUUAAAAAAGUGCCCAAAAGUAUAAUAAAAGUAGUCCAUGUAAUUAAUCAGCUAGUCUUCGGUCUUCUGAAGGCAUAUGAUGUUGGUUUUGGUGAGAAAAAGCCCAAAAUGUAAAUAAUUUUUCAAUGAAAAUAUGAAGGUUCAUUGCGCAUUAACAGAAGCUUUAUGAUGCUUUUGGGUCCUUUUGGGGUUUUUAAGCUUUUAACUGCUAUUGCAUUGAAAAGACAGACCAAGAUAUUCAUUAAAACAUCUCCUUUUGUGUUCCAUAUAAGAAAGUCAGAAAGACACGAGGAUGACUGUUGCUUUUUAACAAUUCUAAAAAGUGCCUCUGACAGUGUUAUGGAUAUUUGUUAUUGCAUCGCUCUCCCAGCAAUAGCUACAGUACAUGUUGACUGUCAAGUUUUAACAGACUAAUAGUAUUAAUUUUAUUGACAUUGUUUUAUUUAUUUGAUACUUCAGUCUGCCUGCUGUAAAUAUAAUCUGCCGGGUAUUUCAAAAGUGGCUCUGAGUUUAAAUAAAUGGUUAGGAAACCCAUUUCCAUGGAAUAGAGAUCUGAAUUUUGAUGUCUGAACUUUGUGUAAUCGGACGAACUCUGAUAAACUGUUUUGGCAAAGGACUGCUGAUGUUUACAACCAUUGAUGCUUGAUAUGUUGCAUGAAUAUCAUGAUUGUCCUUUGGUACAGGAAGUCAACAGUGUAAACUUAUGCAUCAGUUUUCCUCUGCUGAGCCAAGGAACACGUUUGUACAAUAUGUGCAAGUAUGUAUGUGAUUUCUGUGUAAUUUGUUCACCUAAGAGGUGGGUCAUUGUUCAAGCUGUUAACUGACUCAUAAUGGAUUGCAAUACAUUUAUGGAGAUGGAAGUUUUUGUCUGAUUAUUUAUUAUUUGUAUUAUUAUUGGGAUAUUUGUGUCUUCGUUGUUCCCAAAGUCACGGAAAUAAUUAAAAACAACUUUAGAAGUCAUAGAAAAGUCUGGAAAUUUCUAAAGUGAAUAUAAAUGUUCCAAGGUUGUAAAGGGUGAGUGAAUAAUGUUUUUACAACUUUAAGAUUUUAGAAUGGAGGGAAGAGAUGGAAUAGCAAAUCAGUUUUUUUAAAGCAUGGAAUCCUCCAGUGAUAUACUAUAUUAAAAUGUCCUCUCUUGCCUAGAGAUUAUUUGCUGAGCAUCUGCUCAACAGAAUAAAAAGGCUCUGUGUCGUGUUACACUGAGAUUCUACUGCUCAGACUGUUUGAGGUCAAAAUAGCUUCAAACUACUCUAUAGAUAUAAAAGGGAGUCAGUCAAAGCGAUAUGAUGAUAGGAAUGGAUAAACAAUGGAACAUGAUGUUGAGGCAUUAAUUAAAUGUGACAAUGGGAACUUCCUGUUCAUUACACCUUUGUGUAGAAUACAUAUUCGUUUGGAAUAUGAAAUUCUAAAGGAAAAACUAAACUUUUGCACGACAUAUCUGUAUUUAAA